CGGUCGAACGCUCGGUCGUUCCACGCUAGUGAUGUCGCUGACGACGUUCGUGAACCACGUCUAUGAUGUUCCGGUGGAUUUGAACUUGUGAGUGCACGAUAAUAAUUUAUUUAUUAUCGAAAACUUGAAAAAAGUGACUGAAAAAAUUUUUGUGCUCUGGAUUAUUGGAUGCUCCUUCGAACUGUGAAGUGAUAUUUUGGAUGUUACGAUAUUUAUGAAGUUGAGUGCAGUGAAACACUAAAAAGGAUUGCCAUUGACAAAAUUGGAUUUUAGUGAAUAUAAAAAAUUGUGAACAGAUUGAUGAUUGAAAAAUCAACGGAUAUUAAGUGCAAAUGUGCAAAAGAAAAUUAGAAAAAUAUUAGUUACUCAGGGGGUGUGAAGAACAACAACAGGACGGCGACCUCUGGUAACACGGCUGGGUACGUGGGAGCCAACUACAACUACGCGGGAGCGCAGGCUCCCGACAAACGGCAGUUCCUACAGGAUACCAUAGGCUACAGAGUCAACGCGCCAAGCGGCUAUGGGUGCGCCGGCGGUGCGGGCGCGAUGAGCGGCGGCGGCGACAACGCGCAGUUCGGCGCCACCGCCGCGAUGGUCGCCGCGGCCACCACGGCCGCGAUGCAGGACUCGCAGCCCUUUUCCCAGAUGCAAAACAAUAUUAAUAUGGGAAAUCCCCAGUACAAUGCGAUGAAUGGCUACGGUCAGCAGCGCAACCAUAAUUCCUCGAUGACGGGGAUGGGUAUGGGAGGCAACGGAGGAAUGAACGGCAUGACCGGCAUGGGGCAGAUGUCCAACGCCGGCAUGAACGGCAUGAACCCGAUGGCCCAAAUGGCCAACAUGGGCAUGCACGCCAAUAUGAUGUCCUCGCAGAUGGGCCCUGCACAAAUGGGCGGAUCGGCCAAAAUGGGCCCCGGAUACCAGAGGCGACACACUCCGUAUCCCUCCGGUACCAUGUUGAUGGGCUCGCGGAAGGGGCAGUAUAUGGGUGGGCAACCCGGCUUCGGCCCGGGACAAUAUCCGACUGGAUACGGCGGCCGACCGGGCUUCCAAGGCCAAUAUCCUCCGCAGCAACCCCUAGGACCCAGUGGAAAUUUCGGAGGUACAAUAAGAGGAACGAUGAGACAGACGACGCCGCCAUAUGCGAAUCAAGGCCAAUACUUCAACGGUGGAGUGCCCAAUCAAUUUUCGCAACAUCAAGCUGGUAAUGCGCAAUAUAACAGUCAGUACAGCGGGCAGUUCGCGCAGGAGGUCGCAAUGAGGACUAACAUGAACUACCAGCACAGUCCUGUACCAGGAAACCCAACCCCUCCGCUAACGCCGGCGAGCAGUAUGCCACCGUACAUAAGUCCCAAUGCCGAUGUGAAACCGCAUUUCAAUGAUCUUAAACCGCCUAUGAGCAUGCAACAAAAUGACGAGCUCCGGUUAACAUUCCCUGUAAGAGAUGGUAUUAUAUUGCCGCCAUUUAGAUUAGAACAUAAUUUAGCAGUUAGCAAUCAUGUAUUCCAAUUAAAACCUACAGUCCAUUCGACAUUAAUUUGGAGAUCGGAUCUUGAGUUGCAACUAAAGUGUUUCCACCAUGAGGACCGGCAAAUGAACACCAACUGGCCCGCCAGCGUGCAAGUGUCGGUGAAUGCGACGCCGCUAGUGAUCGACAGGGGGGAAAACAAAACUUCACACAAACCGCUGUACCUGAAAGAAGUAUGCCAGCCCGGCAGAAACACGAUACAAAUCACUGUCUCUGCGUGUUGUUGUUCUCACCUGUUUGUGCUGCAAUUAGUGCAUCGACCGAGCGUCAGGAGCGUAUUGCAGGGGCUUCUUCGAAAACGAUUGCUCACCGCCGACCAUUGCAUCGCUAAAAUUAAAAUGAACUUUAAUCAAACUCCGCCUAAUGGAAAUAACAAUUCCAAUAACCCUAACGAUAGGGACAGCGUGGAACAGACUGCCCUUAAGGUUUCACUGAAGUGUCCAAUUACAUUUAAGAAGAUAACAUUACCGGCGCGAGGACACGAAUGCAAACACAUACAGUGUUUCGACUUAGAAUCGUACUUACAACUAAACUGCGAGCGGGGGUCAUGGCGAUGUCCUGUUUGCAACAAACCGGCUCAGUUGGAAGGUCUAGAAGUGGAUCAAUACAUGUGGGGCAUUCUGAACACGCUUAACAGUUCCGAUGUCGAAGAAGUGACGAUUGACAGUGGCGCGAACUGGAAAGCUACAAAGAUGUCUCCCAAUGCUGGCAUUAAGCAGGAGGACGAUAACAGUAAUGAUCACAGCGGCAAAAGAAGCAAAGCUGUGUCACCAGGGUCCAUGAACAUGCCAACGAUGAACAAUUGGGACAUGAACCAGGCCCUAUCACCUUACUUGCCUCCCGAUAUGAACACGAUCGCUAGCGGAUCCAUGAUUUCGUCCUACAACCAGGGCCAGAACCGAAACUCGGGCUCAAACAGCCAGACCUACGAAUACAGUAUGAAUAACGGUCCAGGAAGUAACGAGUUCGCCGGCAACGGUCCGCUGUCUCAUUUGAACGAUAGCGUCAACUCCUUGGAUCCGCUGAAUGCAAUGGAGAAGAGUCUCAAUGAGCAGAUGCCCCACACACCUCACACACCGCACACGCCGGGAUCCGCUCACACGCCGGGCGGGGGCGGCGCCACGCCGGGCUCCUCCCACACCCCGGGCCACACCCCCGGCCCGCCGUCCGUCGACCACCACCCGCUGACCGACGUCGACAUCCCCGCUGAUCUCAACUUCGACCCCGCCGCCGUUAUCGACGGGGAGGGCACUGAUAAUCUUAAUUUGCUUCCGGAGACGAACGUGGAUCCCAUGGAGCUGCUGUCGUAUCUCGACGCGCCGGCGCUGGGCGAGCUGCUGGCGACGCCGCCGUCGUCAUCGUCGUCGGCCGGCUCGCACCCGCCCCGCGCACCCUCCUCCGAGGAUCUCCUGUCGCUCUUCGAGUGAACUCCGACGAGGGCCUCAACCCAACGAAUACAAGCUGCUUUGGGCGAUUUUUGACUUUAGUCUUGGUCGCUUUCGAUGCGUCAACGCGGGCGACUCGCUCGUGUCCGUCGCUGAGCCAGCUCCCCGAGGCAUCGGAGCCCAAUAUUGUGAUACUAGAUUUUAGUUCCUUCUCCGCCGGUGAUGGCGUUGCGUGUGCGCACCUGUCUAUAAGUACGCCAUACUCGCUGAAUCUCUAUACGCUUAUGGAGAGCCAUUCACUGGAAGGUCGCGAGACUCGACGUCAUCACCGAGUACCGUUGCAACAACUGUGCAGGAGAACAUUUAUAGGUAUAAUGUAUAGUUAAAGUAUAAAGACGAGGCAGCGGUCCCCGCGUCGUAGUUCCUUGCACCGCCGCCCGGCGGCGCCCCAGAACUCCCUAUAUUCUAAACGGUAGGGUAAUUCUUAACACAAAUUUAAAUUAAAUAUUGUCUUAUAAACUUCUAUUCGAGUUAGUGGUAACGUUCAAUUAGAUUUCCUUUUUGUGUCCAUAUUUGUGAAUAGUUCACUCGGUGUAAAUACGAAGAAUUUAUUUUAUUCGUUCUAGUUCGGACCGUCGCGCGCGUCGCUUGUACGAUAUAGGCUAGGGCGGCGCGGCCGCGGGGGGAGGCAUCAUGAAUCUUAUAGUUCCUAACAGAUGCGAGCGAACUAUAACGUUCAACUGCCGCUAAUGUAAAAUAUUCCUUGACGUUUUCACAUAUUCUGCAUUUUUAAAUAGUAAGAUAAUAAUAUAAGGACAUGUGAGUAUGGGGUUACUCGCUUUCGUUAUUUGGGUGAUAUAUUCUAAAGUGAGUCUGGGAUUGGCAGAUCGUAACGAAAGUUACACGACUAUAUUGUAAAUGAGUGCAAAAAGAACUCUGUUAAAUUAUUUUGCGUUAUGUGAAUCGAAGAAUGAUAGAAAUAUAUUUUAAUUUCUAUAUAGAGUGUAAUGAACUGUAUUAUUUGUAAAUAUGAAAUUAGAUAAGUAUAUUAUAUUAUCUAGUUAUAUUUAGAACAUGGCAGAUACUUAUAUGAUGGCCAGUUUUAGCGUAGUAUUACUAAAUUAAAAGUCUACACAUGGUUUUACAUGUAUAUAGAAUGACAGACACAAGCAAUAGCAGCACUCAGAACACAGGGACCAAAUACUCUCAACCGAACCUACGUUUAUUUCAAUAAUCAGAAAUAAUUUAGUAUUCUGAAAAAUAAAUCCAAAAUUACUGAGCAAUUUUUAUUCAUUAUCAAAAAAAUGUCUUUAUUAAGACCAUUCAUCAAAUUUUCUAGGAAAAAAGAACUACUUAAACCACCUUGUGUUCUGAGGUUCUGUAGCGUACAAGUUGCAAAUACUGUCUCACAGAAUCAAUCUUUGCUCAUCUUACAUCGCUACUUUCAUCUUACAGUGUUCUGUAUAAAGCAAUAAACAAUAGAUAAUUUUAUUUUAUCUGUAGAUGUUAUUGAAAACAUAGUUUAAUGCAUUGUUAAUAACGAACUAAAAUAGGUAAAUGAUAUUGUCGAUGAGCAUUGUAUUGAUCUUAUUUCACAUAUUUUCAAAUGUUUGGUUUGUUUGAUUUGUAAGAGUAUCAUUAGGUCACAAAUGAUCAUUUUAGCUGCAAAAUUUUGGAUAUGCCAUAGACAAUGUAAAUCAAUUUAAAUUGCAAGUUGUUUUUCAGUUUUAGUCAAAUAUUUUAGACGUUUACAAGACAUAACAUAAUAGUAUCGUCCCAGUAUUUGAAAUUUUGCAACAAAAAUGUGUGAAUUCAUAGUUUAUUUAUUGAGGAGAAUUACAUUAAAAUGGAAUUAAGAUCCCAUAACGGUGUAGUAGGUGACAUCAUAUUUCAUAAAUCGUUUUAGUAUUGUAAAAUUUACUCAUACUUAUAAAUCAGUAAUAACUUUACUCAUAAAAAUUUUAAUAACUGAUUAUUUAACUUAGUAUUGUAUGUAAACUGUCCUCUCACUAACUUUUCUAUGGAAGUUCGGUGACUCGUGCAAUGUUACUUCAAGCUAUGAUAUGGACGCCUCGUUAGAGUUAGUUGACUAUUAAAACCAAUAAAAUUAGUCUUAUAUAAAGCAGUGGUCAAUUACUCGAUGAAAGUCGAUACGUUCACGUCUCCCGUGCCGGAGGACUAAUUGAUCGCAGCUUUACCAGUUAAAUUACAUACUUUUAAGGGACCUUCAAUUCCAAUUAGCUAGUUCUACUUAUUGUAGUGCAUAUUGCUGUUGGAUGAAUCAUAACAUUGAUUUUUGAACGACCAAAUAGUACUUUUUUACAUAUUUACCAAAUUUUAGGUAAAAAAAUAUAAAUUUGUUUGUAUAAAAAAUUGAAAAUAUCAUAAUAAUAUGUGGAGCAUAUCACAAAAAAAUCUGAAAUUCAAAAUUCAAAUUGCGUGAUUCGUCCAAAUGAGUAAAUUAUUACAAUAUAUAUAUUUUGCUUACUAUAUUGUUACACCUGGCGUUCGUCUAAAUGAGGCCUAUGUCCAGCUGUGAAGGUCUACGGCUGAUGAUGAUGAUUAUAUUUUGUUAAAUAUAAUUGUAAUAAACUGCUAUGGUAGUAAACUUGUGCUCGUACAAAUGUAAGUUGCAACAUUUGGAAAUAAGUGAAAAAAGAGUUGUUGUAAUGUGUUCGUGACUAUAGUCAUUGGACGCAAGUACCUACAAUAGUAUUUAAAUCUUGAAUUUAAGGUUUUAUUCACCAUUGGUACCCACAGAAAUUUACUUUUGAAAUGUGUAAAACUGGAAACAUAACAUUUUUAUGUUAUUGAAAAUAAAAUGAAUCCAAAAUAUUA